UGGGCUUUGAGCACAUGGGCCUCGACCCCAGGCUCUUGCAGGCCGUCACGGACCUGGGCUGGUCGCGACCUACACUUAUCCAGGAAAAGGCCAUCCCACUGGCCCUAGAGGGGAAGGAUCUCCUGGCUCGAGCCCGCACGGGUUCAGGAAAGACGGCUGCUUAUGCUAUUCCUAUGCUGCAGCUGCUGCUCCACAGGAAGUCGACAGGUCCUGUGGUAGAACAGGCUGUGAGAGGCCUUGUCCUUGUGCCCACCAAGGAGCUGGCAAAGCAGGCACAGUCCAUGAUUCAGCAGCUUGUGAUGUACUGUGCUCGGGACAUUCGUGUGGCUGAUGUCUCAGCUGCUGAAGACUUGGCCUCUCAGAGAGCUGUGCUCAUAGAGAAGCCUGAUAUUGUGGUGGGAACGCCAUCUCGCAUAUUAAGCCACCUGCAGCAAGAAAACUUGAAACUGCGUGACUACCUAGAGUUGGUGGUGUUGGACGAGGCUGAUCUUCUUUUUUCCUUUGGCUUUGAGGAAGAACUCAAGUGUCUUCUCUGUUACUUGCCCCGGAUUUACCAGGCUUUUCUUAUGUCAGCUACUUUCAGUGAGGAUGUGCAAGCACUCAAGGAACUGGUGCUUCAUAACCCGGUUGUCCUCAAGUUACAGGAGUCCCAGCUGCCAGGGCCAGACCAGCUUCAACAGUUUCAGGUGGUCUGUGAGACUGAGGAAGACAAGUUUCUGUUGCUGUAUGCCCUGCUCAAGCUGUCAUUGAUCCGGGGCAAGUCUCUGCUAUUUGUCAACACUCUGGAACGGAGUUACCGGCUCCGCCUGUUCCUGGAGCAGUUCAGCAUUCCUGCCUGCGUGCUCAAUGGGGAACUCCCACUGCGCUCCAGGUACCACAUCAUCUCACAGUUCAACCAGGGCUUCUAUGACUGUGUCAUAGCAACUGAUGCUGAAGUCCUGGGGACCUCUGUUAAGGGCAAACAUCAGGGCAGAGGAGCCAAAGGAGACAGGGCUUCUGACCCCGAAUCUGGUGUGGCCCGUGGUAUAGACUUCCACCAGGUGUCUCUGGUGCUCAGUUUUGAUAUUCCACCUACCCCUGAGGCCUAUAUCCACCGAGCUGGCAGGACAGCACGUGCCAACAACCCAGGUGUGGUCUUAACCUUUGUGCUGCCCACAGAGCAGGCCCACCUAGGUGAAAUUGAGGAACUGCUCAGUGGAGAGCAUGGGGCCCCUGUCCUACUUCCCUACCAGUUCCGGAUGGAGGAGAUUGAAGGUUUCCGCUACCGCUGCAGGGAUGCCAUGCGCUCAGUGACGAAACAAGCCAUCCGGGAGGCAAGGCUGAAAGAGGUGAAAGAAGAGCUGUUGCGUUCUGAGAAGCUCAAGACAUACUUUGAAGAGAACCCCCGUGACCUUCAGCUGCUGCGACAUGACCUUCCCUUGCACCCUGCAGUGGUGAAGCCACACCUGGGCCACGUCCCUGACUACUUGGUCCCUCCUACUCUUCGUGGAGUCAUCCACCCUCAUAAGAAGCGGAAGAAGCAUUCCUCCUCCUACCGGAAAGUUAAGAAGGGUAAGACCCAGAACCCACUGCGCAGCUUCAAGCACCAAGGGUAG